AUGACUGGUCCUAGCGAAUCAUUUACAUCGCAUGAGGCUGCAGUUAGUGAAGUGGAUCCACGCUCGCAAUAUUGCUCCUGGCUAAUUACGAUUGCUGAAUCAUGCAUUUCUUUGAGCUUUGAAGAGCUGACUAUACCAAGUUGUAAUGAUACAUUUCUAGAAAUAUAUGAUGGUUCAAAUGAUACAGCUCCGUUACUGGGUACAUAUUGUGGCUCAAAUGCAAGUGCAGAAUUAGUCGAUAUUUCAUCUUCUACAAAUAGUUUAUUCAUCGUUUCAAAUUCUGGAAGUUAUGGAAGAAAUCCUAAAAGCACUUUUAGUUUUAAAGCCCAAUACAAUGCUGAGCAUUUGGCAGGUUGGUAUAAUAAGUAGCUGUACAUUGAUAACACGUACUAGCGUGGGUUGAUGUGACUGAAUUAAAUCUAGAUAACUUCCAACCUAUAGACCUUUAUAUAGUUUUGGCCUUUUGUUUAUGGUUAAAACUUAACUGAAAGUGAAACGUAGGCAAUUUCGAGACGAGGCGAAGGAAGAGCGAAUUGGCGAAAGCUAGAAAUAGAAGGCCUAAUAGAUUUCCCAAUGAAAUUGGUCAAAUCUUCCCAUGCAAACUUGCCCCGUUUCAUAUUAUUAUGUACUAUCUAAAACAUGAGCAGCAGUGUUCUAUCAGAUAUAAAGAUACGAGGCGAAGCUGAGUGUCUUUAGGUCUGUUAAACACGCACUGCGAAUGUUUUAAAUUGCUUCAAAAACUCAUUAAUAAUUCAUGAGGAAAACACUGAGAGAAAUUAUCAUAAGCAUAUCGUAUCUCUAUAUGUGAUAGAGAUUUCGCUUGAUUUACAUAAACUUUAACUUUGAUUUUCUCAACUUACACAACUUUUUUUUUUAAAAUUACUUCGCCAGUGAACUUACCAGAUCGAUCGUUUUUGAAGCAAUUUAAAACAUUCGCAGUGCGUGUUUUAUCAGACCUAAAGAUACUUUCUCAUUUUAGGGGACAAAAUCUCGACUAGAAUUUAAUUUCUUAAAAUAAGAAAUUACUUUAACCUGAAAUUUUUUUCUUGAUGUGAGAAAAACUGUUCUUAAUACGAGUAAAUAAUUUCUUGAUACAAUAAAAGUGAUCUUAACUUCUAAAAUUCUUGUUAUAAGAAAACAAAUCUUGGGAACAAAAUCUUGAAUGUUUCUUAAAAUAAGAAAACUUGUUUCAUUGAAAGAUUCACAUCCUUGUUUCAAGAAAAUUAUUUCGUGAUAUACGAAAAUAUUAUUGUAUUGAACCGAAUACAUACACUUAAUAAAUCCUAAUUAUAACCAUGCAUAUGCAUGCAACACAACUUUUAACUUUUAUUAUUUACAAUAAACAACUUUUUAUAUCCAUUUCAUUUUCCUUCUUACGUGUUUGUAAAAGGAGUGAUACAUGUUGCCGGGCAAUCGUCGACUCCACAGCGGACCGAGAAGUUUACAGUCAUGUUGCUGCCGUGCUGCGUACGCUGUGGCAUAGACAAUCCAAAAGACAUUGGAUUGUCUAUGGAUUGUUUAUGACUGCGGUAAUGGUUCAUAGGAACCUGAAGAGUGAGUGCCACAAACACGGGACAUCUAGGGAACAUUUCCAAACAGUAUUUGGGGCCACUUGACUCACCAUAUUAACAUUUAUUCAUCACGAAACAUCUGCGACAAUUUUUAACAUUUUAAAACGGCACUGCUUCAUUGUCAUCUGUGUGUGUGUGUGUUUUUUUCUAUAGUGAAACAAACUAACCCCCCUGUUUUACCCGCGCUGUAUUGAUUUUGGAAAAACUGGGGACGAGGCAACUUCGAUCCCAGGGUAUAUGGAAAUUAAGGAAACAUUUUAAUUUUUUUAAAAGCAAUCAACGCAAGAUUUUUGCAAUAAAAUUCAAAUUAAACAAAUGUGUUAUUAAAAUUGAAUAAAUAAAUCAUUAAAAUUGGCUUCUUUAGCUUAUUUAAUGAAGAAUUAAAAUAUAUCAUGACGUCAUGUGCGCGACAUAUCGCGCGGUCCCCACGAAAGAGCGCGUAAAGGAUUCUGGGAUUUAGAUGCGCGUCCUUUCGAAAUCUGCUUCGAAGUCAAGUGGCUGUGUGUUCAGUUGCUCGCUGAAUUUUAUUAAAUUUUUCCAUUUGAAAGUUUAAAGUGCAUCUACAAACUUAAUUCGUCGUUACUUAAACAAAUUGCUAGUGUGGACAAAGAAUGCGAACAGAUACUGGAAGGUAAUGUUUUUGUUGAAUAUUUAUAGAAUUAGAAAAACUCACGUGCUCUAAAUAAUUCGUAACCCGCGUGCAAGCCCAAAAGAACUGAUAGUGGGCCUGCAAGCAAGGUCCGGUAUUUUGUAAAACACCCCUUUUCAUAACACGCCCCAUUCGCGCGUCAAUUGUCAAAAAAGAACCAAUGACAGCACCCAAAUAUUAACAAACAAACACGCAUUAAAAUGUUGCGGGGUUUUCUCUGCUUAUUCAGAACAUAAACAAUGUGUAAAUGGCAGCGUUUUAACUCCAAAAAAGCAAGCAACGCAGUCAGUAAUUGUCAAAUUUGCAAGUGCUCACCUUAAACUAAAAUCGGAACAGGCAAAUUAGGACGAAUUUCAACAGAAAACCAGUCUCAAACUUCAAAUCGUGAGGGAAGUCGUGCGACCACAUUAGCAUUUAUGUUUGCUUCGCUGUCGCCAUUGUCUAUUCUGUGCCAUUGGCAUUGUUAUGAAUAAAUUGUCUCACUUUAUAUCAGAUCGUGUGUGCAGUUCUUGUUGGCGGUGGAAAGUACGAAAUUUAUUUCAGUUAUUUCAUCCCCGAGCCGACGGCGCGAAGCGCCGUGCGAGGGUACUAAUCCCCCCGGCUAUUUACACCUGGGGAAACGAAAGCAUUAGCGAAGUCUAAAGUUCAUCAAAUAUCGCGGGCGUGGGUCACUGUGCGUGGGUGGUCAUCCUCACUGAUCUCAAAAAUAUGGCGGACUGUCAUGAAUAGCGGACACUGAUUGGUCCAAUUUAAAGUUUGCAUUAUAACGACUGCAUGACGACAGCGAAACAGCAAACAUUUCUUGAUUUGAUGAUUGAUAAAUUUCUUGCAAAUAUAUCUUAUUUUUGCUCGCAUUUUGCAAGAUUUUGUAAAUUUCAAGAAAGAAAAGACGAAAGAAUGGGCUAAAAGAAGUGAGCCGACGUUAACAAAGGUAAGUCAACCUCGUUCCCAGGGUCUUUCUUAGAACGGCGCGAGGCGAAGGAAAGACCCUGGUUUCGGCUGGUCAGGUGUCACCCAGAUUCUGGGUGAUAAAUUAAAAUGAUGCUAUGGGCAGGGUGGGAGAGGAGCGUGUUUGUCGCGUUUGUAACAAUAUUUGCAAUUUUGUGUGAUGAAAUUUAAAUUUGCAACAAGAAAUCGUGAAGAGAACUGCAAUUAAAAAUUAAUAUUUAUCGUGAUGUGACUUUCUGCUCUAUAAUCUAGUGUCGAGUUACAAUUCAAGCAAGUUGGAUCAGAUUUCAACUUGCAAAGAAAGCACGCCUGGACGGCGUGGCAAUAUUAAGCCUACAAGAAAAUUCAUAUCUCUAGACCGACCAAUGUGGUUUAUAUUUAUUUAACUGUUAGUAUUAAAGUAUAUCCGGAUACUCGCGGACCAAAAGAAUAUAUUUAUUGAUGAGAUGUGGAAUUGGAACGAAAUAGCGAGAUCUUUUGAUUUCCGACAUAUCGCCAAGACGCCAACUGUAUCGAGAUUGUUGAUUAUAAAGGCCUUAUCACAAAACUUAAAUCCCGUCAAAAGACUAUAAAAUUUCCUGCAAGAUCUCAACGAUCAUGGUAUAUGUCAAAAUCUAGCUGUCUGUUGAAAAUCUACGGUAUUACAGUAAAGUCAUACAUCAAAGGUAAGUCAAAUGACAAUAUAUUUGUCUUACUGUUUACUACUGUGUUUAUACCACAUUUAUAAAUUUUAUAAACAGCUUUCGUUUUGACACAAGCUUUAAUUUUCUGCUUUAUAUAUAUUCUUAAUAAUACAAGUGAGAUUUAAAUUCAGUUUUGCUUUGUGAAAUAGAAUACCGUUAUUUUUUAAUGGACAGCUUGUAUCGUCUCUAUCAUAUCCAGGAUUGCUUGUGUGUAAAUACUAUAGCCUACAUGUAUCACUAUAUAUGCCACUAUCAAAUAAAUAUAGAAAUAUAAUUUUAAUGAACUUGUUGAACUAGAAAUAAACAGAUGAUUGAGACAAUGAAAACUGUUAUAGUAGCCUUAGUAGAAAUAGAAAACUCGAAAAUUUAUGUGUAUUCGUAUGGCAGUCUGUGCGCGUCUGACACUGUAAAUUUGUGAUGUAGAUUAUAGCCUAGUUGUGUGUAUAUUAGGAAAACAGUAUCUGACCAAGAGAAAGGCUAAAGCCUUACUAUAAUUAAUGAAUACGAAUUAUGUACUAAAUCCAAAAUUUUAAAGAUAAAUCACUGACAGACAUUUCUCUGUUUGGCUAGUAUCAAAUGUUUACAUUUGCUGAUAUUGAGCUCUACUCUCUAGUCCUAGACAAUACAAUACUGUUUCCUUUAAAAAUCUUAUAAACAAGACGUGCAAAGCAUAGCAACGUUUACAAAAAAGGACAAAUCUAAUGCGUGUUUUAAAAACAUUAAAUAUGUAGAAAUGGUGACCACUGAAAAGCCCAUCAUAAACGUUUGUUAUAAAACCGCGCUCGAGUGUGAAGAGAGCAUUGAAUAAUAAUAACACGAGAAAGCACUGCGAGUAACGAUUUGCUUGGUUUCUUGACUUGACUGUUGGUAAAAAUGUUAUUGUAAAUUCAAAGCAAAUAAAAUAAACAAAAAUUAGCAAGUACUUUGAACUUACUGGUAAUAGUUCGCAAAAUUUAUGUUUUUAACUGUUUGUAAUUUGAUACUUCACCACACCCCCCUCGGGCAAUCAAUUUUGGACGAGGCACGUGACCAGCCGAUACCAGGGUCUUUCCUAAAGACCCUGGGAACGAGGAUGAAGGUAAGUUUGUUUUAAUAUUUAUUUUAUAAUUGUUUUAAAACCCGACGGCCUUUGAGUAUAUGAUAAAGUACAUUUCUUGCAAGUUGUAUUUUAGCAAGAUUUUGUAAAUUUCAAAACCUUUCUGAGAGCCAAAAACCGUCUAAAAACGUCUAAAAGAAUAGAGCACGACGUUAACGAAGGUAAGUCUGUUUGAAAUAUUGAUGUAUUUUUUGUCUUAUAAUUGAUAUAUUUAUAAUUAACUGAUAGUGGUGGGCGAUACGGCGAAUAUCGAACUAAAUCUAUCAUUGCGUAUAUAAGUGAAAAAACAGCAUAUAAUUUCAGUGUAGUUUUAUUAAUUACCUUUUCUUUUGUAUAUUAAAGUAUUUAAGUAAAGAGGAAAGCAAAGUUAUUUUCAUGCGAGAAUUUGAAAUCAGCUUAUUUCAAGCUCAAUGUUUACCGAUAAUUCGAUUUGCGAAGCGUUUGUGGUUGAAUUUUACAUUAAAUUGAUGCUUAUAUUACGUAUAAUAACAUACCUGGCAUACAUAUGUUUGGGAAAUUGAUAAUUUUGUUAUUAAAAGUGAUAUUUUGGGGGAUUUUUCAAUUUUAAAACCAGGUUUAAAACUAUUCUUAAAAUUAUCGUGUUACCAUGACAACUACUUUCAAUUCUUCAUAAUAUUCAGAAAACAUAAUGUUAUGUCAGUAAGGCGAGGGUUUCUGCAUGCAUGUAUUUUCUAGUUUGGUAAAGAACCGUACAAAAGAAGAGAGCGUUCAGAGCGGUCCAGAUCGUUUCGUUUCAAACGGCAAUUUAAUACCGUCUUCUGUUUCGCUCUCUCAGCGAAACCUUGUAAAAUCGCAAAGUGUUUCGAAUAGGCUUACAUGCAACUGCAUCUCAACAUCAACCAAAAGAUAAUUUUCUUGAGGAACAUAUAACGUAUCAAGUAUGUUUGAAAUUAAUGAAACUCAUGUAAAGGUUACUAUAGUUUACCCCAGUCGUAGUGUUGCUAUUCCAACACCUCACGACAAGCAAUCCCCAUUGGCAUAACGGAAAAAACAUCUCUUCCAUCAAGUAAACACUAAACAGUCUGUUCUUGUUCCAUUUAUAAUCGAAAAAAGUGAUCAAUUUUCGAAUUGUGAUGAAUCACUGACCUAAAUAUAGAAUCCAACAGCAAACAGCCAAUCAGAAUGCCGCGUUCGUGGGAGAACGCGGAAAGUACAAAAUACCGGGCCUUGCUUGCAGGCCCACUAUCAGUUCGCUUGGACCUGCACGCGGGCUAAAUAAUUCGUUGCUUGCGACAGUUGCGAGCAAAUCGCAGCGGUUAAAAUCUAAAUUCUGCUGCCGUUAAGAUGCAUGUUUUGAAGUAAAGUAUUACAGAAUAAUAACUAUGAAGCAAUUAAGGUUUGCUCAGCCCAAUCGCAUUUUUAGUAUAGUUGCGUUUUAAAUAUAUAUAUACUUGACAGUUGCUGUUCAAAAACUUCAAAUUGUAUGAUUUGCACAUUAUCCGGCCUUUGUUUGCAGCAAUAGAUCUGUAUUCAUUUACAAGUUACAACAAAAUUUAAAAAUGCCUGCCCAAAUUGCAUGCCAGCUGCUGUAAUUGUAAGCAAAGGUUAAACAAUCACAGAUGUAUGAAUAUUCUUGUUCUCUUAUUAAAUCUCUUUAGUUUUAUACUGUAUAUUCUAUUUAAACUGUGAAUUGAGGUAAAUUAUAUAACCACACUAUAAACUGUUGGCCGAGGUUAGGAGUAUUAUUAAUGAUCUUGCCUGUAUAUUCAAAACCAAGUGACAAAAUAUUAGUGCUGUGCUAACUCCGGGUUUUUCACCUCCGGCUAAAAAAAAACUCUGGCUCCGUGGUGUGUUUGAAUACAUGUAAUAUUGGAAUAAUAUUCCCACUCAUAAAUAUAUAAUACAGUACAUAUAAUUUAUAUUCUUUAGAUAAUUGAGGAAACAAGAAGUUAAGAAUCUUGAAUCUCGAUUGUGUUGCACGAUGCCAGUUCGCAGAUGAUAGCGUUGAUCGAGCGCCUGUUGUCGGAAAUUGACUAGUUUAGUGUCUUAUGGUAUCAGCAAAGGAAUAACUCCUCCACGAAGUCCAAAACUAUGUAAGUACAGUAUGCUUGUUUAAGUCCAUUAUAAUUUUAAAAGUAGACCAUUAAGUUGCAAGACCUCCUCAAGAUUGACAAGCUGGAAGACUCUCUGGCUAAAGAUAGACUGAAUGGGUAAUUAAAGUAUUAAAUUAAUGGCACAUUGCCAGUCAAUGGGUUCAUUGUAGAAGUACUAACCCUUUUACUUGCAAUAUGUCUAGGGGCCAGUCUUGUCACUAAAUGGACAUGGCGAGAAAUUGUGGACAUUAGGGGGCAGAGCUUAAGUAUUAUAUAUUCUGCCUUCAUAAAUGUCUUUCUUUUUUUUUUUUUUUUUUAUUUUUUACGCCCUUAAAAAAUAUCAAGUUAUUUACAUUUAUUUUUCUAUUGUUUUGGAUAGGCUAGGAGCCUUCUAGAAACCUACUAGGCUUUUUAAUUAAGACCCCUAUAGACUAUACUUACAUUAUUUCAUUCUAUUUAGUCAGUUCGAAUAAUAUAUUAGAUUGAACAAAGAUAAAAGCGUAUAUAACAAGUAUAAAAUAAAACAUUAACAUGCAUAAAAACUUAAUUAUAUAUAUUCGAAGUGGAGGAUACUAUAUAUGUAUAUUUACAGUAAAGAAAGUGAUAAUAUAUUUUAAACCAUUAUACAUCCAUUGUUGAAUAUAUAAUGAUUUUUUAUUUUAAUUUUAAAAGUACUAUAAGAGAAAAUAGAUUUGUAUUUAGAUGUUAUGCUAUUCCAAACAUCAACUCCUUUGUUAGAAAGAGUAUGGAUUACAUAAUUCGUUCUUUUAUAAGUAUUGUGAAGCUUAGUUGCAUUCCUUGUGCCAUGGUCAUGUAUUUUAUUAUUGGGUAUGAAAUAAUUUACGAAUGUUUCUGGUAAAUUCUUCAAAUUAUGAUAUCGAAACAUAAAUAAACUUGUUAGGUAUUGAUUCAAUUUAUAAAUGCUUAGUAUUUUUAACUCCUUAAAUAUUGGUUCGGUAUGUUCAAAGUAAGAAUUAAACGUCAUUAGACGAAUAAUCUUUUUCUGAAUAUUUACUAAUUUUUGUGUUUUCUUUUUGUAUGUGUUACCCCAUAUUAGAUUGCCGUAAAUAAGAUAUGGAUAGACUAAUGCAUAAUAAAUUAAUUUAAGAGCUUUCAAGUUUAUGAAAUGUCGGAUCCUGACAAUGACUGCUGUUGAUUUUAUAAUUUUCUUUGAUAUAUUUGCUCUAGAUGAUCAUUCCAUGUCAAACAUUCAUCAACAACAAUACCCAAAAAUGUUGUCUUUCUAACUUGCUCAAUAAUUUUAUUAUUUAAAUAAAUUGUUAUAUUAUGUUCUUGUUUUUUCCUUCUCGAGGACCGAAAUACAAUAAACUUUGUUUUUUUCCUGUAUUUAUAGAUAGUUUAUUAAUAUUUAACCAAACAGCUAUUUUAUUUAUUUCCUCUUGUAUUGUUUGGUUUAAUGUUUUAAGGCAAGCGUGACUAUAAAAUAUGGUUGUGUCAUCAGCAAAUAAUAUAUUUGAAAUAAUAUUGCUACAAUUCUGGAUAUCAUUUAUAUACAAAAGAAAUAACAAAGGUCCCAGUACUGAUCCUUGAGGAACACCACUUGGUUUCCAUCAGUGGCUUAUACCACUUUUUUAAACCACUCAACAUUAUUUGUUAGAUGGUUAAACCCCCAUUCAUAAGAAUUUUUAGCUGGUCGGGGCAAACAGAAACGCUAGACAUCCGAAACAUUUCAGUGUUUAUUAUGUUUUGCUCGAUUGACCCAUCUGACCUUUGUGCCAAAAAUUAUAUACCCACUUUAUCCUGUAUCUGAAGUCUUGUUGACAAUGUUUACGAAUAUAUAUUUUGUUGCCUAGAAACUAUAAGGCAUGGUUACAAAGCUCUUUUUUGGCAGAGGCGAAGAAGGACGACCAACUUUGGUUUGUUAAUGUUCAUGCACCUUUUAGGCAAGUUUCAGUGCCCGGUGUAGAAUUUCACGGUUAAAAUACAUCGAGAUUGCACCGGUUGAAUCGUUUGUGUGAAUUGCUCCUUAUUAUUAAAAUAUCCAAAAUUAGAACAAAGAAACCGACGUCUUUAGCAAUAUCCUGUGAAAAUUGGAGAAAAAACAAAAAAAACCGCAGGAGCACAACUCGUUUAAAAAUCAGUAAUUGCCGUAAAAUUUUUCGGGAGAAAAUUGAAUUUGAAUAUUACAUUUUCAAUGUUUUUCUUAUUGCAAGCGAAAUGUAUUCUAUUUUCGCCCAACCUUGGUCAGAUAGUAGAACUAGUCUAAUACUUUCAUAGAAACCAAUAAAAAAAUUUGGGCAAAAUUAACACUCAAAGGUGUUCUGUAACCUUAACAUAUCUCAAGUUAUUGAAGAGAGAGAUAGAAAGUUAUUCAGAAAAUUGUGUCUAAUCCAAGACAUCCCCUGUGUGAAUUGAUUCCUGAGCGUAAACAAAGGACCUUAAGAGAACGGGAACAUGUCUUUAUUUUACCACAAAUUAGGACAGAGAGAUUCAAACGAUCGUUUCUUAACAGAUGUCUAUUUAACUAUUUUUAACCAGUAUAGAUUUCUAGUUAUAGGUUAGAAUAGAUAAUGGAUCAAGUAGCUACAUUUUAACUGUAAACAAGAUGCUCUGUGGAGCGUUGACUCGCUGGGGCUAUACAAGUCAUACAAAUACGCACAUUACUAAGCGGAAAAGUCGAAUACGAGCGCAAAAGACUUAACACAGUACUAAAAUGCGGUAGGCCCUACAAGUAUAAAGUUAUAUUUAGUACGCUACAUUCUUCCAGACUGUCAGCCGCCAGUUGGUCUGUGCGCUAGGCUGCUCACUACGCUUUAAAACGUUCAAAAUAAACUAAUUUGGGGGCUUUUGGGCUCAAAAUACUAUCAAAAUGAAGAGAGAAGUAAGGCGGUUCCACUGGUAUACGGCCAAAAAAGCGAAAACCAAGGAUACCAAAGUUAUCAACAAUACAAUUUCGCUUGGCUAGACUAUCACUGUUGUUUAGUAAUACAUUUGACAUCCGUAUCACCGUAUGGGCGAUUUGUUAACAUUACAAUUUCGCUUGUCUUUCAAAGACAAAGACCAUAAAUCGCUAGAAUACUAUUGUUUAGUACAAUUUCUUACACUGAACCGAACGGUGAUAUUUUUAUCGUUAUUGCGCCAUGAGGCAUUAGAUGAUUACAAAUACGAGGACAAAGGUAGUGCGAGUGAUUUGUCAACAAAUAUACAAUUUGACCAAUUUCGCUUGAUUUUCAAAGGCCAUAAAUCGCUAGAAUACUGAUGUUUAGUAAAACAUUUGACAUCUGUGGGUACAAUUUCUUACGCUGAAUCGAACGUUGUCGCUUUCUUCUCAAAAUAUAUUAAAGCAGCGCAGCCAAACGUAUAAACUUGCGAUUUGCGAAGGUUGCUCUUUCCGUACGAAAUUCCUUGUAAAAUUGGUCAAUUUUCCCAAAUUUUCCUCAAAAUUCAGGGUAUUUAUGGAUAAUUUGGGAAAAAUUGGCAGGAGUCUUAUGGAUAAUUGGGGGGAAAUUAGGCAGCCAUUAAUAUUCUAUUUUGUGGCUAUCGACGAUCGGAGAUUGGAGAUUGAUGCCGAAACCUAUACUCGCCCGGGGCACACGGUGCCCCAGCGAAUAAUAAUUUGGAAUUUGUAAAGUUGCACCUGGCGAUUGGAAUCGCGUUAAUUUUUUAAGUUAAAAAAAAUUUUUUUCGCGGGUUUAACCGGUUUUUUAAUGUACGGUUUACCGGUUUUAAUUUUAACCAAAACCGCCCAAGUUUAUUGAAAGACAUGUUGAAUAAUAGAGGCUGAGACUGAGUGAGACAAUCGCCUUGAAGGACGCCACGACCGACUGUAAUGAAGGAAGUAUUGAACUGUUCAGUUAUUAUGGAAGUUUGGAAAUCAGUGUAGAGGCUACUGACAAGAUUCUUUAUGUAAUCGGGAAUAUGAUGAAAUUCGAGGACUUCAUAAAUAAUGGAAACAUCAAAUUUUAUUUCGUAACUAUACUAAGAUACAACCUUAAUCUCUGGAACACAGGCAGAAGGCUGCAGUUAUGGUACAAGCUGGAAGAAAGGGAAAGCUAAAAAUUUACAAUGUAAAGAUAUUUAGAUGUAUAUUUACAAUAAUUGAAAAAUACUACCAUGAUGUUAAUAAGUUAGGUUCCGUCCAGUCCUUGUGUUUGCGGUAGAAUAUAUAAUAAGUUGAUCUAAUACAACAUGCACCUAUUUUUGAAAUUAGAUAAUUAGUUUUUUGAUUAUCUAAUAACAAGUCGUUAGAUAUAAAGUGCAUCAAUGAACGACUGCUUUUUCCCAAAAUUCCCAAAGCUCCAACCAUGCAAGAUGUUGACAAACUUUACUCUGUUAUACUGAUUUCUUAGUUCAGAACAUAGACCACUAUAAUGAUUGUGUUUACGUACAGCAUUGUCUUUAAUUCUGGUCUCAAAACCGACAGUUAAUUCCAAAACAAAUACCCAACUCCGUUGUUUUUCUAUAACCACGACAUCAGGACGUUUUUGUUCACUAGUAAUGAUAGAGGGGCCUGUGAUAUCACAGUAUAGUUCGAUGUUGUUGGUGAUUGAUAGCAAAUAGUCAGCUAUAAUCUUCAACACAGAAUUAUGUCUCCAUGUAUAACGACCCUCUUCUAGAUGAACUUUGCAUGCAGACACAACAUGUUGAAGGGUUUGCGUGUUGUAGCAUACUUACAUAAUGCAUUUUCGCUUUUCUUCCAAAGAACCAUACUCUUCAAGGUUGGUAAGGUGUUGUUUAGGUAACGGAUACAAAAAUUGAAUAUGUUCUUGGGUAAUUUGUUGACGGUUCGAUGCCAUUGUUUCACAUCUGAUACAAGCGUUUCCUGAUUAAAGGGCUUUAACAACGAUGCUCUGUGAUACAAGAUUGUUCACUUUAUCUAGUUUUUCGUCUUUAAUUUCCUUUAGAACCUCUCGACAAUUGUUAAAACGAUCAUACUGACUGUUACAACCCGAUCUUGUGCUACUGUAUACAUGUAUGGCGUCUUCAUUGGUUGAGUUCUUUAACUGACUUCUAAACGAUACCUGACACUGAGCAUGCUUAGUGGAAACAUCAAUAACAUUCAAGCCAAACUUUGUUUUCGCCAAGAGAACAAUAUCAAGAGUACCAUUGGGAGGAAUCUCUAGCCAUCUACGUAACUUAUUAUGACACAAGUUGUCUAAAUUUUCUUUCAUCCAGGUCUUUUCAAUAUCGGCAACAGUUAAAUGCCAGGAAAUUUUCGACAUUAAGUAAAAUUGGUAGAGUUCCAAUUUGUACUUGGGGUGUAAAGGCAACAGAUCUAUUUUCUUGAGAAUAUUUUCCACCAUUUCCAGAAGUUCCUGCUUAUGAGCACUGUUAUCCAUCUCAAAAUUGAAGUAUCUUCCUAAGUACUUUAAAUUACCCCCAUUAUCAACUGUUGGUAUUGGCUCAGUAUUAACAAAAAGUUUCGGAAAUGUUUGCUUAGCAGCAGAAUUUACUUUUUCUAUACCGAAUGUCUUACAUUUGUCCACCCUGAUUUUCAUAUCACACCACGUACACCACGCAGUGAAAGCAUCUAACAAGAUCUGAUUUUCAUAUACGUUUGUCCCGUUAUAACUGCCGCAUCAUCGGCAAACUGAUACCAGUGUUUCGGGCAUAAGUAUUCGGGGUACGAGUAUCCUAACUGGGUAAACUUCUCCGAUUUUAUAUACUGGACAAAGGUGUUGACUAGCAGAUUAAAUAACAGUGGACUUAGACAAUCACCUUGUAGGACGCCUUUCACGACAUGCAUGAACUCGGUACUAUAGGAAUCAGUAAUAACUGUGGUACGGACGUUUCUGUACAAACUGUUGAUUAACUGACUUACUGACUCAGGCAUAUGGUGGUAUUUUAAUACAACUAGUAUUAAGCGAUGAUGCACUUCGCCAAAUGCAUUACGAAGAUCAAGCAAUGUCACUACUAAUGAUCUCUGCUGCCUUUUGGCUUGACGUAUAAGGUACGCUAAGUGAGCCGUGUGUUCGUAGUUGCAAGAAAUCCCAGGUACAAACCCCUUUUGAAUACGUUGUUCAAUAAAGCCAUUUGUUCAAAGCAAAUGGAACAUUUUGUUUCGUAGAGCUGAUGUACAAACUUUUAGAGGAACCGAUUCUAAAGUAAUUGGUCUAAAAUUUUCAGGUUCAUUUACUGAGUUACUCUUGUGGAUUAAGAUCGAAGCAGCUUUCUUUCAGAUUAUGGGAAUUUCUUCAGCCGUCCAGAUCUUACUUAUUAUCAUAGUUAAAUAUGAUCGAAGCUAGGGUGACGUCUUAAAAACAAUAAUGGGAAUUUGGUCUAAAGGACAAGGAGACCCGCUUGCUUUCAUUUUGUGUAUUAUCUUGCUAAUUUCCCGGUAGGUUGGCGGCGAAUCGCCAAAAGCCUGAUCUGGUUCUUUAAAUCGGGGUAUGCAAGAUGGGAUACUAAAACGACGCAUCGGGUUGCUACAUUUCAAGAAUUUUUUAAAGUAGUCCGUACAAAUUAGUUUAUUGAAUACAGGUUUUAGUUUUUCACCAGCUUCUAGAAAUCUUUUUGUGUACGCCCACAAAUUAUUUUUAAUCUCGUUAUUGUGGUCGACGCUAUUAUUGGUAUCAUUUGCAUUUUGUUUACCAGCAAGCUUCCCACGCAAUAGUUUAGCAACAUACUUAAUCGACCGUAAAUUCUCAUGAGUGUUCCACUUCAAAUUUUUCAAUUCUUGUUUGAGCUGUUGUUUCGAAAAUUCUUUGUAUUUUAACCCUACAUCAUUUGUGCGUCGAAUAAUACCAAAAUUAUCAGAGAAGUAAUUAUACACUUUGUUAGACAUGUCAUAAAUUACAUCGUUAAUAUUAAAGUCGUUCAUGCAGUCCAUAGCCAGUUCCGCCCUGAAAAAUAAAUCAGAAUUUGCCCAUUCACUAUCUGAUUUUGGCAGUUUUUAUACCUGGUUUAAGUUCCGGAUGUUCAGGUAGCGUAAAUAAACAAAUAUCAAUUUCCCAUUCCUCGCUUCUCUCGUCAUCCAUUGUAGCUAUUUCUUCGUUAAGUCCAGCAAUGAAACGGCAUGAUCGUUGAUGCAUUUUCAACUCUCUUAGACCUUUGCAAAGUUUUCCACACGCACAUUUAACACCGCUCGUAUUAGAAACUUGCGUAGUUAAUACCUCACUCGCUCCAUCGAAUAAAUUGCCUUGCUCCGAAUCUAUCUAAUAUCCCUGAGUUCCGUUCAUUCGCUGUAGUUGACGAAUCCCUAUCUUUAUCUCCGAGCUUCGCUUUGCAUCGCCAUUGAUGUCCAAGGCUUUUAAGAUCCAAACCACAGAAAGUGCAUAUACGUAUACUGUAACAAGGACCGCAAACAACCCGAGUAUCGAUAUUUGUUUCAUAGUAAUCAUGUAAGAGCGUAAAAUAUACACAAAAAGUAAAAUAUAUUGCUUGUACCAGAUAAAAUUUAGUUAAACGUUGACGACCAGCAGCAGCACGUCUGUCUGCCUUCGUGGUCGGUUAUAAUAAUAAUAAUAAUAAUAACAACAACAACAACAACAACAACAACAACAACAACAACAACAACAACAACAACAACAACAACAACAACAACAACAACGAGAAGCAACAAGAACGAGAACGAGGAGGAGAAGGAGGAGAAGGAGGAGGAGGAGAAGGAGGAGGAGAAGGAGGAGAGGGAGGAGAAGGAGGUGAAGGAGAAGGAGGAGGAGAAGGGCGAGAGGAAGGAGGAGAGGAAGAAGAAGAAGAAGAAGAAGAAGAAGAAGAAGAAGAAGAAGAAGAAGAAGAAGAAGAAGAAGAAGAAGAAGAAGAAGAAGAAGAAAAAGAAGAAGAAGAAGAAGGAGGACAAAGACAAGGACAAGGACAAAAUUGUUUGAGUGCAGACGGCUUGGCUUUAAGGUCAUUCAAUGCCAGUGUGUCCAGUGUGUUCGAAUUCAGCUGCGCGCUUCAAUGCCAUGAGUCCUGAUUGUGACAUACGAACUUCGCUCUGUUCGCUUUGUUUACCUCCUGUAAAUAAAAUGUCUCAAAGAAAUUAGAAAAUUCAGAAUUAGUAAUACUACAGACAUAAUUUUCAUUGGUUUGUUUACCUUAAGUUACCUAAAGUUUCGUUUUAUAGAAUGUACGAAUUAAUCUCGGGGAAAACUCCUGGCCGAAAGAAAUGUACUCGCUGAGCGUAAACAUGUCAAUCAAUGCAUAUAGUUACUGUAAUAUCAAAGACGAUGAAAUUUUUCGUUGCUCUCUGAUUUCCCUUUCUUUGUGUUGCAUUAAAUAGUAGUCUUAGACAGUAUUGCACGAGGUUUUUAUGUUUACAAUAUUGUUCUUUUCUGUACUAAUUCGCAAUUACAUAUGGUGUUCACUACUACUACAGCCGCAAUUUGUGGUCAUGCAACGUUUGGUAAACCUGAACGAUUUCGAUAGACAGUAGAUUUUAUGUUGACAGAUGAGAAUGACGGUAAGCAAUAAUGUGGAAAUGUUCCUUUUCUACUUCUGAGUGUGGAAAAUUCCGAGACACAGUAGACUCUUCUUCGAAGUUGCUGGCGUGUAAGAAUAAUAUUAGUUAUCACUUGCAAAUUUGUCACCUUUUAAAGCUUGUCGGAAAGAAAAAUAUAAAUUAAUUCUAAUUUUCAGAACCUUUCUAAUUGUUACUGAAAAAAGGAAUAACAUUAAUUGAUUAAAUAACUGAGACGUUCAAAUGAGUUACAGCUGUUUGCGCUGAAUUGUUUAUUUGUAUUAUAUCAAAAUAUUCGCAUAUUUUUAUACGACUUAUACAAUAAGAAAUAAUAUAAAUUCUUGAAGCUAAAGCCUUGAGCAAAAUGACCCAAGGUCGGCCUGAAAAAGUUGAUUUUUUUUUAUACAGAACUGUGACUUAUUUGAAUUCUAGUUUCAUUGAUAAUUGUUUCUAAACCUAAAGACAAUUCAGACAAUUCAGUUGCUAGAAAACUAUCCUGAGCGAAACUAACGAAAUAUUGACAUUUGAUAUCACAGCGAGUAUACAAUUCUUUCGGCCAGGGGUUUUCCUCGAGAUUUAAUUCGUUCAUUCUAACGAAACUUUUAUAAAACAGUUUAAAAACCGAUGAAAAUUCUGUCUGUAGUAUGACUAAUUCUGAGUUUUCCAAUUUCAUUGAACCUUGUUAUUUGUUAAAUAGGUAAAGGUAUUUGUUAAAGAGAUAAACAAAGCGAACAGAGCGAAGUUUGUAUAUUAUGUCACAAUCAGGACUCGUGGCAUUGAGGCGCGCAGAAGACACUGGACACACUGGCACUGAAUGACUCUAUCCUUGUGACCCCCCCACGAAAUCACAUUUUGCACACACCCCCAAGAAAAUGUCCUUUUUCCUUAAUUUAUACAAACAAACCAGCGAAGAAUAACAAAUAGAUAAACGGAAAGUAAGUUUUAGGCUUUAUCCUUUUAAAUUGUUACGUUUUUUUACAACUAAGUAAUGAUAAAUUAUUGUUAAUAAUUUAUUUAUUUUUUGUGCGUUUUUCCUUCUUUUAUUUCAAAUUCAAGUAUAGUUAGCAUAAAUUUUAGAGCAAAUUUGGAUGCUCAGAAUACAGGAAAUUGUAUUUCCGAGCUUCAAAUUUCAAAAACUCCACCAGACCCCCCUAGGGAUUCAUGCGUGGCAUGUCAGCUACAUGGCUAUCCCCCACUAAUAUAUUACCCCACAGAAAGGUCUCUUUUCAAAAAAUCCCCCCCCCCACGGGAAAAUCCUUAAAAAAGGCCCUGAUAAAAUCUCGGACAAAGUUGUACAUGUGUACUGCGUAAGCAAAGCGUUCGGGCAAACUAAUACUAUGCCCCAAACAAGAUUAGGCCCAUACGCCCAUGAACCGGUCUUCUUGAUUGUCAAUAUAAUUUAAAUUUGAAUUGUGCUGAUAGGGUAGGGUUGACUUUCUUGUUUCAAUAUUGUUAUUGUUAGUGCUACCGCCUAUGUUAAUUGAUUUUAUAAUUUUGUAAAAAUAUUAAUGCCCAGCAAAGUGCUUUUAAAAGAGCCAUAAACCAUUAAAUUUAAAAAUUUUAUUAAAGAUUAAGUAACGUUUCGUCUUAACUCAAGACAUCUUCAGACUAUAUUAAAUUACAAGCUGUAAGAGUAAUUAGUAAAGUAAAGCUAUUAUAGCAAUAUUAAAUUACAAGCGAAUACGAGGUACACAAAACGUAAGGAUAAGAAUGGAUAAUGAAGGGAAGUGACGGAAAAAAUGAGAACAACCAAAAUUAGACAACACAAACAGACAAAACAUAAAAAAAAAGAGAUCAGAAUACGUGAAGAGGGAUUGAACUGCCUUGAACGUUGAGAGAGGGUUUCAUUUUAGAGAUAAAAAAGCUUUCAUGAAUAAGGAGUUCUUGUUCAUCUGAACAAGAGGAGAGGAUUUCGAAGUCAUCAAUAGAAGCAGCGUGGCCUGUGGAUGUGAGAUGUGAGAAAAUGCUGGACUGGGGAGGAUUUUUACAUUGUUUGCCAGUGAUAGGAGUGAUACCCAGAUGUUCCGAAACUCGGGUGUGUAGAUGGCGCGUGGUUUGACCCACAUACGAUGCGGAACAGCAUCGACACGUAAAAGAGUACACUACACCCGACUUCAGUGCUUUGGGUAUUUUGUCCUUAAAAGAGAAAAAGGUUGAGAGCCGUUUAGUUGAUCGAAAGACAAAUCUUAUAUCAAGAUGUGGGAAAGCAGCACGACAAAGACGGUUGAUUUGCGUGCGAAUUUGCAAGGAGUGAGUGCCCGUAAAAGGGAGACAGAAAUAAAUUAUUUUCUUAGGAACAGUAUGAACAGGUAGCUUAGGUUGAAAUACUUUGUUAAGAAAAGUUCUAACACAUCGGUCGAACAUAUGAGAAUGGAAACCAUUUAAGAUAAACAUUCUACGUGCUGCUUCAAGUUGGUGAUGGAAAGUCUCAUAGCUAGAACAAAUGCUAAAGAUGCGGUGUAUUAAGCAAGAUAUUAUGCUGCGUUUGUAUGUAAGUGGAAUGAAGCUAUGGAAGUUAGUAAAAAGACCAGUAAACGUAGGUUUACGGUCAACAGAAGUAGAAAAUUUUCCAUUGGAGCGGGAUAUGUCAAUGUCAAGAAAUGGGAGCUUACCAUCACGUUCAACGUAUUCUGAUCUCUUUUUUUUAUGUUUUGUCUGUUUGUGUUGUCUAAUUUGGUUGUUCUCAUUUUUGUCCGUCACUUCCCUUCAUUAUCCAUUCUUAUCCUUACGUUUUGUGUACCUCGUAUUCGCUUGUAAUUUAAUAUUGCUAUAAUAGCUUUACUUUAUGCUUAAUUACUCUUACAGCUUGUAAUUUAAUAUAGUCUGAAGAUGUCUUGAGUUAAGACGAAACGUUACUUAAUCUUUAAUAAAGUUUUUAAAUUUAAUGGUUUAUGGCUCUUUUAAAAGCACUUUGCUGGGCAUUAAUAUUUAUUAUCAGAAUUCGUUUCCCGCCUGGUACUUCUCUGGUAACAAUUUUGUAAAAAUAGUCAAUAUCGCUAGUUUGGAGUUCAUUUAGUCAAUUCUGGAAGGAUUCGAUCAAGUUCUUUGCUAACAUUGCCGUUCCCUGGCUAUUUAAAUGUAAUCCAGAAGCAUUUAAUUUAGAAGCAUCUAUGUUAGUGUGCAGAAUAAACUGCCGCUUGAAUUUACCAUCUUAACAUUGAUAACCGGGUCCUGUCUCUUAAAGUGCAACUGUGACGAAAAUUCGUCAUCGAGAAAAUUCCCUUUUUUGCUAGCAACGACUUUAUUAUUGCACCAAAAAUGCUUGUGUAAAAUUUCAGGCGAACAUGAUUAACAACCACGGAGUUACGAGCAUUUGAAAUGUCCAAAAUCGCUGUCCGCCAUUAAAAUCCGCCAUCUUGAUUUUAUGUUGUCACGAGAGGCUUCUGACGUCAUAGUCUCAACACACCGCAAGGGCACAAGUAGAAUUAGUAAGCAAACGUAGAGCAUCGCAUGUAUUUCAAGAACUAAAAUGUCAGUUUCGUCGCGAUCUAGUAGCGUUUUGGAGUAUUUGUCUGAAACAGAUACUCCCGCAUCUCAUCUGUUUAUAUAACAGCGAAUUCAAACGAACUUGACAAUGAAUUUUUGCCAUUUGAUGAUACUAUUGCUGACUAUUGCUGGAGCCGCUUGCCUCGCCUGAAGAGGUAGCCGAGUACGAGGUCGACGAAGCUGUAGCAGAAGACGAACAGCUCGAAAAGAUGUUACAAAAUCGUUUUGAAAGCCAUGCAUGUUGAUGUAUCGUCUUGGUAAGUUUGUGUUCUUAUUUGCCGGGUAAUAAAUUAAAACGUACUAUUUUGAACUUCUAUUUUGCAUUUUUUAUAAGGUGUGAAUGUGGUCAUUGCUGUCAACCUGAAGUAUGCCUACUAUGCCGAUGUUGUUAUUAAACAAGCAUUAACAUAUUGUGCGCGCCCAUUUAUUUAAUAUUAUAUAUUUUAUAGGUUCUUAUACGCGCAGUUUUCUACAGACAGCUCGUGGUUUGGUAUGAGAUUUUACGGGCAGUUCAAGGCAUCUCACAUUACCUUGUUGUGCUGUUGUUACAAUAAAAUAUGAUCAACAUUCCCGAACACUGAUCAGCGAGCUUACACGGAGUUUGAAAAAACAGCUCGAUGGUUCAUCCUCGUUUGUAGCCUAUCAGUCUUGUUUGCAGUUUCGCCCAACUCGUUUAAAAUUUAAACCUAUUUUCAAUAAUAUGAGAACAACACUUGUCGCGUGAAUUUAUAAUUGUCUGGACUUAUCAGAUUAUGUAAAUAUGUAUGUAGCUAAAAUAUAUUCAUAUCUGACUAAACCUUACGCCUGUCUCUUGUUGUUAGUUGCGCAGGCGCUUUCCUCCAAAUAGUAGGCACAGAAUCUGGUUUGAUUCGUCUUUGCAAACCAUCCAAAUGAAAUAAACGCUCAAAACAAUUCGUUGCCGGAAAAAUGGUCCAAACAAAUCAUGAAUCCAAUUUCCCGCGAGCUUGGAUAAAAAUUGGCGUGCUUAGUUUGCACAAAUCUAACCGAUAUUCUUCUCAAAGAUUCGUCAUUUGGGCUCUUAUGCAAUGAUCUACCCGCGUUUUUGUCAGAAGUAUUGCUGCAAUCUUGUACAACACAACGCGACGAAGGCAUGAUCGAGUUUUACUAUAGUCGCGUAUAUAUUUUUAUGUUGCACGCCCAGCAUGUGCCUAUGAGAGACUAUGACGUCAAAGACUCCCGAACACUUGAACUUUCCAAUAUGGCGGAUUUUAAUGGCGGCUGCCAAAAUUCGAACUUCAUCGUCGUAUAACUCAGGCAAAAUAUAAGAUAUCACGCUAAAAUUUUGCGUGACAGCUUCUUUAUACGCAUUCUUCACAAUCAUGGAAAAAAACAGAAAUGAAAAUUUGGUCACAGUGGCACUUUAAUUAUUUCGGAAAUAGCUAUUUUUGAUAAACUUUGGGACACGAUACCUUGACAUAAGGAUUUCAUUUCGGCUACAAUUUCUUCAGGUUCUUUAUGUUGAACGACGUCAAGUCAAUAGUCCCUACAUGUAGAAUCACCAGUUAUUGACAUAGAUUACUGUUAUUCACAUAGAUUUUCAUUGUCGCUUUAGAUUGCUUCGAUUUCGAACUUGAGAUUUAGCGGGGCACAAAAUACACGUCUGCUCUCGCCAAAAUAAAGAAGAGCAGCGCACUAAAGAAGAGCGCCCUUGUUUGUUUUCGAAAAUAUUGAUUCUUGAAGUUUGUGGUUUGCCUGGAAGUUUGCGCUAAUGGUGAAAAUGAGUUUUUUAUCUGCGCAACAAUCAAAUAAAUACCGUAUUAAUAAAUGGCAACGGAAUUUAAAUUUGGCUGAUACUGAUCGUGUCUCGGUGUCUGUAUAAUAAUAGCGCGUUUGUAUUGUCGAAAAUCAUUAUUUUCCAGGCUUACCAUGUAUUUCUGUUAAUAAUAAUGUGUUGUGUGAUCGAAUGAGGCCAAAAGCAACUGGUGAAAAUAAACUUAAGCCUAGCUUAGGCGGCAAAUUUUAAUAUAAAAACUAUGAAAAUAUAAUAUUUGCCGCCUACGUUAGGCUUUAUCUUCAACGGUAGUUUGGCCUAAUUCGAACACACAACACUAUAUAAAAUGCUAUAACUGAAGGGCAACUUUGUACGGCUGAUAGUAAUGGUCAACUAAAACCCGGCCCAAGUUACCAAACAUAGACGUUACAUGCAUGAUAUAUUAUUUAGUGAUAUAUUCAAUAACUCGCGUGACGUUACAAAUUGAUCUCGACCCAGACUCCCAUGCCCGACGUCCGUUGGCCAAACAACCUAUAAUUCAAGUGGCUCUAAAACUGUCACUUUACAAUCAAACGCAAUUUUUUUCGGGAAACUAUGCUACUAUGAUGGUAGCAUACGUUUAAUAAGCUGAGAAUCAAUUUUGGUGUUACGCGCACUUUAAAGAUAUGAAAAACUAGUUUCAUAUUAUUUUUAGUUUCAUAUUGGAAUAAUGAAAUACUGCGCGUCCUCCACGACAAGCAUUAAGUCGCCAGGAAAAUAUUGCGUGGUGCACUUAAAAUGGAUUUAAGUCCCAAAGAUGCGAGUUCAAAUCCCGCUCGAGACAAGGAAUUUUUCAGUGCCAGAAUAAUAUCCAGGCAUAUUUUUCAAGCCUGCCCGGUGUGGAUACACACUCAGAGUAACAUUACAGCGCCAUACGCGGGUGUUGAUUUUUACAAAAACAUAAUAUAACUAGGCUAUACGAUAAAAUUGGACAAUAAUAUCAAAACUAAAAGACUAUGAAAAACUCGCUUUCCAAAUUCGAAAUUUAUAGGGCAGCCUAAAUUUGUUGUUAAAACCAAAACAGCAAAUUCUCUUGCUAAGUAAAUUAAAAUAUAAUUUUGAGUUAUACGGAAGAGGGCCAAUUCUUCGGGGAAACUCAUCCGUGUGAGAUUCACCUGUCUUGGAUAAUGCAUAUAAAUAACCUGGCCUUAGAUGGGAUUUCAGUCAAGUGGGAUAUAAUUUUCCGUAUGCAGGUUCAUCUCACCUGACCGAAAUGGACAUUUUUUGCGAUGUUGACACUAUUAAAGUCGUAAUUUUGUCCAACCGAGGUGGGAUAUUAGAUGAGAUAAAAACAGUAAUAUGGACGCAGAACUCCUUCUCAGGCGAGCUUCCCAGCCAACCGCGCUGAUAUGAACAGGCGGCCCUAAGAUGAAAACUUAACGUUAUGAUGGUCUACCGUCGGCAUCUAUAGGGAGGGAUACAAGUAUUCGGAAGCCAUGUUUGUCAAAGUCAUAUGGCACCUUUACACCUGAUCGGCCAGUGUAUGUUUAACUAGCCUCGCAUAAUGAUUGACUUAGCUGAUUAAGUACUGUUUAAAACACGAGCAGAAGUGCUUUAUCAGAUAUAAAAUACGAGAGCACAGCUCGAGUGUUUUAUAUCUGACAAAGCGCGGACUAUACGAGUGUUUUAUAUGGCUUAAAUAACGACCCAUCUUUUGAGUUCAUUGGCGAAGCAAUUUCCAAAAUAAACCUUUUCUAAGACGAGAAAAUCAAAACUAACGUUUAUGUAAAUGAACAUGAUUUUUUAUCACAUAUAAAACCACCAUGAUUUCCUUUGUCUUUUCCUUAUGAAUUAUUAAUGAGUUUUUAAAUCUAUUUAGGUUGUCAUCAUGAAGUGAUGGAAAGUACUGGUUGUAUCAAGUCAUCGAAGUUUGACACGCCCAGGUGCUAUCCCCGCCAUUCCAAUUGUUCUUUGUUGGUUACCGUGAAUGACGCGUACUUGAUUACGUUGAACUUUUCUUCCCUGAAACUUCUUCAUAAUGACGUCAUCAAUAUUUACGACGGUGAUAAUGAGAAUGCGCCUGUGCUUGCUCGCUAUUCGCGCUUGAAUACUACAGGGAACAUUGUAUCAUCCUCGAAUAGUAUCUUUAUUAUACUAAAAUAUGGCCAAUCAUCAAAUUAUCAAUCUAUGUUCGCUUUUGACUAUGCAAGUCAACCAAAACCAACUGGUACGUUGCUAGUAGAUAUAGAUGACGAUUUUUUAUGCAUGUCACGUAAUUUCUAAAACGUUUUAGUGACGACCUCAGCAGUUCGUCUUACAGAAAUUUAUAGUUCUUCACAGACGUAUAUAAUAACAACCAAAAUCAUUAUUUUUUCAAAUUUGGACUGUGUUUUAGCUCAUAUGCGAUAUUAGUGCAUGCCCUCGCUCAUACAAAGAUCUUCAAGCAAACUUCCGCUUGUUUGUAAACAAGACAUUAGUUAUCCCAAAAUUGUGUGUGGAUCUUUAUAAAGCUUUCUUUUCCGAGCUUGGAACCACCGGCCCCUCUUUAUCAAAUAAGAUAAUACGUACAGUAUAUGCAUUGGGGUCUUUCGCAAUUCAAGCUAAAUGGGCUAAUUGGUAAAAGUAAUGAACACCUUCAUAUAUGUUAUAAUUAUAGAAACAUAAACCAGUGAAGCUUUGAAAACAAAACUCAUGAAAAAAUAUGAAAGUACUUCAUAAUAUAUCGAAAAAUAUCCUUUGUUUAUGUAGAAAAAAUCAAGAUGCUGCAAACUACAUCAACUUCUGUAAUUUCUACAGUGAGCACACGAGGACCAAAUAGGGGAUCAGCUAAACAAAAUGAAAGCAACCAGACUACGUAUAUCAUUGUGGCUGUCGUUGUGGGCGUGGCUGUCGUGCUCAUAUUGAUUGCUAUUCUUAUUUUUCUUAGAAGGUACGAAACAGUAUAUCUAAAUAAAUGUGUUACUUUAAAAUAGGAUCCUUAAUUAAUUUCUCAUCUGGCUCUGAAUAUUGAAAAUAGAAACCAUUAAUCUUUUACCUCUAUAGGAGCGAAAAGCGUACACAAUGGAUAUACACCACAACACGGGUUUUUUUUUCUUGGUUCGUAGAAUUAUGCGCUAAGAAGACGAUGUUUUGUGCAUGGUUUUGAGUUAAUUUAAAAUAGGGCUACAUUAUAGCCGACAUACUUCACAUCUUGAUUGUACAUCAGCUAAGUCCGCAAUAUAGGCAAGAUUAUUUUAAUCUGAAACUAUAUGCUAUCACCGAAACUACAAGAAAUUGCGUAAGGGCAUUAUAUGAAUUUCGCUGGAUUCCGUAAUGUGCAAACAGUUUUGUUUUAAUGUGCAAACAACAUCUGCAUAUUUCAGGAGAAAGAAGAACGGUGACACACCAAAUUCGUUACAUGAUUUAAAUCCUUCCUACAGCUGGAGGUAAGCAGAACGUCCCAAUUGUUAUAGUUAAACGGGAUGAAGUAUCGUCACUUAAUGUAUAUAUAUAUAUAUAUAUAUAUAUAUAUAUAUAUAUAUAUAUAUAUAUAUAUAUAUAUAUAUAUAUAUAUAUAUAUAUAUAUAUAUAUAUUCCAGUUUAGCACACAGAAUUAUUAAUAAUCACGGAAAGAUAGGCCAGCAGGAAAGAAUUAACAGUGGCAGUUAAUGAGUAUAAUAUUUUUUUGUGAAGCAAAUGUAAUUUGCUAUCUAACCUAUCAACAUUAUUUUGUCGUCAUCAUACCGAUAAUCAUGUUAACCCUAUCUCAGGUGUUUGGUUUAAUACGCCGCUGCGUGUUUAGCCUGGCACUCUUUAAUUUACCUCUUCCAUUGUUUUCUGUUGAAGGAAAGAAACUAGUGCGUGUGUCGAGGAUUCUGUAUGGUAAGUAUCUUUCUAUCCAUCCCAUGCUUUAUUGGCGGCGUCUCCAAUGCUAUAAACAACGUACAGCUGUUCUCCUUUCAGAAACUUCUAGCUCGAAGCGCAUAGGCUUUCAUAUCCUUUUCUUUCGCAAAGCUUUGAUUUCGUGAAAAAAUGUUAGUAUAUGAUCGCCGAAACAUCAGGAGCCGGUUGUACGAAGGCCGGAUAGCGCUAUCCACCGCGGGUAGUGAUUGUUUGAAGCUUUCUCAAUUGAAAUUUUCCCUUGAUUAAUAUAACCUAUAUUAAACUUUAGCAUGUAUAAAUAGAAAUCUCUUUUUGGACUUGUGAAACCCAUAUCCGUACUGUAAUAGCUUUUCAAGCAUUUUUACAUCGGAAAAAUCACUAUCCGGUGGAUAGCGCAGCAUUAAAAAUAGCUUGCGCGCGAAUUUAAAAGGUUAAAACGCAUUAUUCGCCUCAGGCUCAGUGAUUACCGUGAAUAUUCACCUCGACUUCGUCUCGGUGAAUAUUCACCGGUAAUCACCUGCCUCGUACCCAGGCGUCUCUUUGUAAAAAAACAGUGAUGCGCGUAGGACGAGUUUACAUGAAGUAUUGUAGUGGAGAUAGAUGGGCGAAGGGGCUGAUGGGAAGAGUGCACUUGAACUGCGAGACGCCUGGAAGUUCUUGGUCGAUUUCUUGCAAGAAAGUCGAUUUCUUGCAAGUUGUGAUAUUUCGUUGUCGUUUACGAUUUUUUCUACUUAUUUUUGUUGAAUUGACUAAUGUUAAUUUGUCAUCUGGGGCGUGAAUUCAUGCUGUUAUUCUUGGUAUAUAUGACAUAUGCCUUAUUUAAAGUGCUUGGGAAUUCCAAUAUUAACAUGUCAACAACCGAAGCGUUGAAGAACUAGACUUGCAGGAACUAGAAAUUUAAGCUAUAACUAUAUAAAGGUACAAACUAUAAAAUUGCACUGUUGUAAUAAAUAUUUCAAACUUUACGGCUGUGAAUUUUUAUUUACUUGGGCUUUUGUUUACAGUAUACAUUUAAUAGAAAUUGCCAUUGGCAUUGUGAUCGUCUGAUCGAGCCUUCAGCUAAAGAAGUUAUUAAUACAAAAGCAAUUAUAGGACUUUCUAAUCCUCUCUCUGUUACUAUUUUAUACUAAGCAACUGAUAGCAUUCUAUUAUUCUCCAUGUAAUACCGAAUGACAACUAUUCGAAAUAUUCGCACGGUAAACUUGCCAUGUAAUUUACUCGUAAUUUUUAGCGCAUUUUGCAUGUAAUCAAACAUCUACAAAUUUAUUAUUAUUUGCCAAUGGCGUUCAAUUCGACUCUUCGUCAAAAAAUAAGGUUUUACAUGCACACAGAGUAUAUGACGAUAUGGUAACGUUUUGUAUUAAAUUCCAUGUUUUCCCGCCAUGACAGUAUACAAGAACUGUCAGGCGCUCCCCAGCACGCACCCUUCCCAACAGCCCCUUCGCGCGUCGCCUACCUACCUGGGGCCGGUUGUAUAAAAAAGUGAUUAAAGUUAACUAUAGUUAGUGGAAACGUCAUCCAAUAAGAAGCGCGUAUUUGAGAGUUAAUCACUAUUUAACUACAAAAUAGUGAUUAAAAAGUGAUUAAGGUGGCUCCCUACAGUUAUUCUUGUUUAAGCAAUAAUUCCGUAAAACAGGCUUAUUCGUGCAGAACGCGAAUUCUUUUCGACUUGGUGGUAAUAUUGGUCACCUAAGGAAUAUUUCGAACUAGAUUUCGACGAUGUCAAUGUUCCCAUGGCAACAUGACGACAGCAUAAAGCCUUCCAAUUUAACCCAUAAAUGUGCCGCUAUCUCAAAAACGAUGUCGGUGACCUAUCUUUUUUAUUUCAUAUAUCAAUAAGGAAUGAUGCUCUGCAACUGUGGUGAAAGUUUAAAAAAAUUCUGUAGUGUGUGAUUUUUUUAAAAGCGAAAAAUGUAUUGCGAAAUUUCCACACUACAGAUUUUUUUAAAAUUUGAAAUUUAUAAAAUUUACCGCAAAAUAAAUUCGUGGUCAAAAUUUGAAGAUAGGUCACCGAUGAAACUAAUGAGUAAAAUGCAAAUAAAGUUAGAAAAUAGCCUCGUGUAACUCGAGAAAUUCCCCUAUUGAAAAGCGUCGCUGACUAGUAAAAGAUUGUAAGCGGGCGCAGAAUUCGAACGAGUUUUCAUUCACUGACAUUCAGCAAAAUCGAGCCGCAAUGUUGUUUUUACUGUUUUGUUUUUGUCAACUUUUCGAUUUAUUUGAGUGCUACGGACAGCCAAGGAUUAUUGUGAAGGAUUACAUCGAUGAAAACAAGGUUGAAGCUAAUUGAAUCCUGCCGUUUACUCAAUCUAUGAGCUGUAACAGCCUAUUGACAGGUGGACGUGUUUUUUUGUUUCAUGUUUGGUUUUGUACUUUUUGCUAAAAAUGAACAAUUAGGCUAUGAAACUGAAAUAUUUUUCUGUUUACAUAUAAUCACUUUAAUCUUGUAGAAACACGACUAAAAACGUCAACGUUUUCUUGAGAAGUAAACAACUUUUUAAACGUUUGUAUGCAAUUUUGCAAAUGUUUUACAGUUGACAAUGUAUAUUUUAAAAACAUUAAAAAACAUUGUUUCGUAGCUAUUUUUGGUCUAGUGGUAUUCGUAUCAUAUGUAGAAUUGCUGUAUAGACUCGCAAGUAAUUUGGCACUCAAAACGAAGUAUUAUUCAACGCUUUUUCCCAUUAGAAACCUUUCAGAAAUAGCUUUUUUUUAAAAAAAAUAUUUUGUUUUUUUUUUUAUCAUGCGGUUGCGUGGGAUAGUUCACGUAAUGGUCCCGCGAACAUCCCGCACGCAACUGUAGGGAGCCUCCUUAAGUGUUUUAUACAACCGGCCCCUGAAUACUUCAUGUAUUGUAAUUAUUUAAAGCGCCUGGGUACGAGGCAAGGUAAUCACUUCGCCUUCGGCGAAUAAUUGUUAAUUAUUAAGCAUUUGUGAAAGGCAUUGGUGCAUGCCAAAAAAUGAAAGUUUCAGCAGCUAUUUGAAGGACUUAAAAUUGAGCAAAUGUUCUGAUAUUUGGACCAUUAAUAAACCACAUUACACAUUUCUCGCCCAUGAAUUCAAAAUGCGUUUUAACCUUUUAAAUUUCGCGCACAUGCUAUUUUUAAUGCUGCUAAAAAGUCCCCCCCCCCUCCCUGCUCUGGAAAAUUUAUCUUUACGAAAAUAUUUUGUUUAUUCUGCAUUAUAAGUGCCCAUUCAAACAAUCUAUAUUUAUCAACAAUUUCAUGACAUGAACGGAUUUGUGAAAUUGAGUGCCGUUUCGAAAUUGUCUACUUUUUUCUGAUACACCCUCUAUAUGUACAAGACAUGCAUGCUUCCUCAACAAUAUAUUAUUUCCUUCUUAGUUAUGCUAAUCCAUCAUCAUCACAAGAAAACGUGUGGGUUGGAAACUCCAGGGUUUGUAAAGAAGGUGGAAAUCCUAUUUACGAACCGACGGAGGGGCCAGAACCUCCUGCUUUGUACGCUUCACCGGAUAAUACUUGUGAACGACAGGUCGAAAACCAAGGUCAUGCUGCGGAAAGUGAAAAUCCGUUGUAUGACGUGGGGGAAGUUGCAAUUUCGCAUGUCUAUGAAGAGCCAAAUUCUCAACAACGAAACAUAGUUUACGACGUGUCUGAUGUCAAAGCCUAAAAGGAAACGAAGGUUUGAUUAUAAUUUCGUGCAACCAUUUGAAAGUUAGUAAUGAGUCAAGCUCUCAACAAAAGAACAUAGUUUAAGACGAGCUUUAAGGAACAUAAAGGAAACGAUAAUUUUACAAUUGAAUGGGUUUUAUGUAUGAGAAAUUGUAGUUUAUGGUCGCUUCUUGAAAGUUAGUAUGAAUUGAAAAUGCCAAUCAUUUUACUUCCUAGAGAAGAAGCGUUUUAGAACAAAGUGUACUGUGUAAUAACCUGACGUCAUGUAUUUAUGUGACGUCACAUGUAUAUAGCUAGCAUUCCAUUCAUAUUAAAUUCAGUAUUGUUAUAUCCACUCGAAGUACGUGCCUCGUAUUAUCAUACCAUAUAAGAAUAUUAAAUUAUAUUGGUGCGACCUGGUCGUAUAUUAAGAUCUACAAUUGAUUCUAUCUAACAAUAUAAUUGUUUAACAAAAUUUUUGAAAGAGUAAAUUGA